AUGCUUUAAAAGGGAGAAUCAUAUAGCAUGUUUAAAUACUGUAAAAUAAAAAAGUAAUUACACAUUAUCUUCUCAUGGAAACCUUUUCAGUUUAUGAAUUUUUCCAUUAAAAAAACCAAGUAAAACCAGACUCUUCAACAAAAGAGUGAGUAGGAUGAAGUAUUUAUCCAAAAUGAGAUAGUAUACAGUCUUAAAACAAAAGUCAUACAUGUAAAUAGUCUUUCCAGGAACCAUGUGAAAAGUAAGUUGAAAUGAAAGUUUUAUCAGAGGAUGAAUGUGACAGAUGUGAUUAAAGUUCUUGAUUUUUUUUUUUUUACUUAUUUAUUUCCUGUAAGAGGAUUAUAUAUCCCCAGCACAAUGCCUUUCAGCUUUUUCUUAUGAUAUGCUUUGGCCAAUGGAAUAUGAAAUGACAUGCCGCAUACUGUAUUUGAGCAGAAGUUUUGGAUAGAGUUUUAUAAUUUGCUUCAGCCUCUUACAUUUUUGUCCUUAUGCCAACAACAUGUCCUAGAUAAGAGCUGCUCCUUCAACUUAGACCUCAGAAUGAGAAUACAAGCAGACCUGCUGUCAGGUCUAUGGCCUGGACUUUGGUUAGCCUACCAACAACCAUCAUGUAGUGUGCAUUAGAAGAACACAUUUGUGCUUAUAAGCCACUGAGGGCUGGGUUACUUCUCCAGCAAAAGCUGACUAAUGUAGGCAUGAAAAUGUGCCCCUUUGAUAAAGCACUGAUUUAUCAAGACUAAUAUUUUUAUGUCAGUAUUGCAGUAAAAGAAAGCAUCUGGAUGGGUUUUCUUCACAUAUAGAGGGGUGUUUGGGAUUAUCAGACUUAAAGUAUGUGGCUUGGAGCAGAUUCUCACCAAGGCUGAACCUAAAAUAUGAGAGACUCAAGUGAUUGCCAAGUAGGAGAGACAAAUUUCCUGGAUAAAGAUGCCUUCCGUGAUAAUCCAAAGAGUGGUUUCAAAUAUGAGCCCAAUAAUAAAAACACAAGUGUAGAUGUUCCAAAUGCAAAUGUUGACUUUUCAGUCAAGGUAUACCUUGAAUGGGAAACUCCGUGAAACAAGUUCAGAAGGAAUAGCAGAUAGAAUUCAUCUUUUUUUUUAAAGAUCAGGAAGACCAGUCAGUAUUAGACUGAAAGAGGACAGAACUUACAUACUGAAUUUAAAACUUUACUAUAUCACUCCAUGGCAGACUUAAAUAAACCAUACUUCAAGCGAUGGUUAUGUUUCCAUAGUAUUUUACUCAGGAGAGGUUACUACUUACAGAACUGUUCCAAAAUCAUCAAGGGCUUAAAAGUGUUAACAGAGAGUUAGUUCUUCUAAUGUAGGCUGUUGGAAUUGUUCAGCCUUAAAACAACUUAUGGUCUUAGUUGGGUUCUGGAAAAGUAAAAAGAACUUAUAAGAGGGAGGGAUAACUCUUGCACAGAAUCCAUUUCAAAAUAGAGGAAAAAGGUAAAGAGAAUGACUGAUAUUCAUAUUUCCCAUUUUUCUCCAUUUGUGGAGUUCUGCACUCAUUGCAAAAUAGUAUAGACCAAGGUGCGAUGAAAUCAGAGCCUUGUGAUCAAUGUUGGCUUGCUUUGUACAGGGGAUCGAAACUCCCAGUUUUUCUGAUUGCCACUGCUUACCUAGUGACUGAUUAACUGGGAGAUGUUUCAUGAUUUCUAAAAAGCCCUAAAAGAAAGCAAAGAUGGGAGAGGGGCAGAGGUAACCUCUUGGUGAGUGAAAAGAGCUUCAUUAUUAAAAUCUUUAUAUUCGGAGAGGGAUCUGAUAUUGGCCUUGGUAAGAGCCUAGAAAUUGAUUAACAGAUUUUAGAAAUCACCUUUCCCCCAUUUUCCAAGAUCAUAGCAAUGACUCACCUAAAAACACUGAGUACCCAUUGCCUGAAAAUUUGUAGCAGCUGGAUUUUGGAAAGGAUUUUCAAUUUUAAAUAAAAUGUCUGCAUCAUCAGAAUCUGAUAACUCUUGUUAGGCCUCACUUCUUUUUUUUUUUUUUUUUUUUUUUUUUUUUUUUUGCAAAGUCAUCUAAGAAUAGUCUUUGUAAAACAGAAUAGCAUCCAUCAGAUGUCCCCUCUCCCUUACCAUAAUUCUAGAGAUGACAAAAGGAGCCUCCUGUGCCUUGGUCUCUCACGAUUAGGUGAAGAUGGUGCUGGGUCUGGAUCCGGAGUCCCUUGCCCUCCAAAGCUUUCACACUCUCCCUAGCCAUCACAGAUUAGUUUUUGGAUCAAAACGUCUAGUCCUUUAACUCAUGAGGCAUCUUUUUCGUAGUUUUACACAGUCCAACUAUUCUGUUAUUUACGCUUUUAUAAUAAAGCCCUAACAUUAAGACACAGUUUAGAGACAAACUGAGUCUCACUACUGACCCUUUGUGGCAGUAAGAGAAAAACAUCUUUAACAGUGUUUAAAAUUUCAGAUGUGAGUGUUCAGUGGUUCUAAUUUGAUGCUGUCAACAACACUGACUUUUACUAGUUAUUUAGCACAUCUGAAUCAUGUUAUAGUGUCAGAUUACUUUUCUAUCAAUAGUAACUUCCUAGCAUCAACCAGACUACUUUUAUUAUUUCCUCUUCUCCUAACAGCUUUCUUGGUCACGUCAUAUUUGAUAAAUAUAAUUAGUUGCCUAGAUGCUUAGCUGUCUAAACUCCUAAAUUCUGCUUGGUUACAAACUAAAGCUUUAGCUUAAGGGCAUGGACAGGCUUACCUCUGGGGUUACUGGUUGCCAAAGCAUUGGGGAAGAUGUAAAAAGACAAUCCUUCACUCAUUGAUGGCAACUGCAGAGUUUACAGGUAUUCCAGCUCAUCCCUAAUUCCAAGAGUCUUGGGAGAUCCUGCUCCAUCCUGGAAAUCUUCUGCAGUGUUGGGAAGAAAAAAGGUAGGGAGAAAGGUCAUUGGGAGGGUUCAGUAUGCCCCUGACUGAACCCUCACCUGAAGAAGCAAAACUCAGAUUCUCCCAGGGAAGGGAUUACUUUAGACCAGCAAUUCACCAACACUGGUCUGUUUCUAGUUGCUGUUGAGAAGAGGGGACACCUUGAGUGUGCCCCUUGGCAUAGCAAUUUUGAGCAGGAACCCAGAGGCAAUUCCAAAACUGGAAUAAGGCUCUCCUUGGACAUGACUCAAAUAGAAAAGCUCUUUGAAUCACAACAUUUGAAUCUGAGUCACUCACCAGUCUUUUCUUGGUCCUGUAAAGGCAAUUUAAGCACUGAGAUCUAAACCAGGCUUUUUGAUUCUCAGCCUUGCCCCUCUCAGCAACCUUCCAUCUCAGCCACCCCAGGGGAAUGGUAAGAUCUCUUUUAGGCACUGAUUUUAAAGAAAGACCACUUUAGACAAGCAGGUUUGGUGGGGGGGGGGGAUUUGAGGGCUUGGAAAAGUCACUAGAGAUUACUGUCACUUCUUGCUAGAAAGCUAUCUCUGCCCCUGGGACACAUGGCUUGCCAGAUGGCCCCAUAAAUUCAAUUACUCUCACCUUUCCUCUUCCUCCUUCCAUGUUAAAACUCUUCUGAUUUUCUGAUUUACCAGCAAUUUCAAGGGAGUUAAAACAAAUGGGACCUAACAGAAGUUGUGACCCUCUAUUGCCACCAAUGCACUGAUGAUGCAUCAUCACGAAUUAUAUUUUUAGAGACCUGCAAGUGUUAUAUUGGGUUGGCUCAUAUUUAGGUCAUCCUCCCCACCUCCCCCCUCCAAAUUCCUCUGAAUUUUAAAAGACCUUCUGAGAGUCUACAGUUAUAUUUGCAAGAAGUUCUUAGUCACCUAAACUUACACGUCUCACACCAUUGUUUAAUUCUGUCCUCUUGACUUCCAAAGUCCUGCCUCAUGGACUUUGAACUCUAAUACCUGAAAUUCAUGCCUACAGGAAAAACUAAGUGUAAGAGUCUAACACUUACCUUUUAAAAUUCUUUCUCAGUUUCAACCCCUUCAUAAGCUUCUGUGUCCCACGUCCGUAUUUCCACUGUCUCUCUCUCUCUCCCUGUACAAUCUCAGACCUUCAGGUUAUUAAAUGAGGGGCAUGAUUGGUCUUCAUCAUUUAGAGUAUGAUCCGGCUUCCAUAUAAUAGCCAUUUAUGUAGCCAAAUACCGUUUGGAGCUUUUCUUCCUUCCUCCCCAGUAGCCCCCUCUCCGAAAGGAACCACUCUAAGUGUUCUUACCUCUUCCUGCUAACUUCAUAUUGCAUCUGGUAUCUCAGGUCUCUCACUGAUCUAGUAAAAAGGUGGGCAGAUUGAGCAUAAGUGUAAGCCAGUGUCAAGGAGCUUCCAUGUGUUUUUGCAUUAUAAUGAGACAUGUGAUUAAGUAUAGACCUAAGGGUCAAAAUCUAACAGAAUUCUCUGCCUUCUGCUCAGAGAAUUCAGCUGGCAUAUGUUUCAAACUGGUUUGUUACCAAAAUCUGAGGCUGCUAUUGAACAUUCAAGUUUCAUUGCUUUGAGUAAGGGUUACAAGUUUUAUGUCAGAAUCAGAAGGAACAAAAGAGUAACAAAUGGAAAUAAAAGACAAGGAGCCUGAAGAGUUCCUGCUGUGAUGCAGUGGGUUAAGAACCUGAGUGCAGUGGCUUGGGUAGCUGAAAGACGUGGGUUCGAUCCCCCUGGUUGUCAGUAGGUUUAAAGGAUCCUUCGUUGUUGGGGCAGCUGUGGUAUAGGCUGAGCAGGGGCUGGGAUUCAAUCCCUAGUCGGAGAGCUUCAAAAUGUUGCAAGUGCGGCCAUAAAAUUAAAAGGGAAAGAAAGAAAUGGAGUUUGAAAGGCAGGAACUGUUUGUUAAAAAAGCAAUAUUAAGUUUGUGUGUAUAAUAGCAAUGCCAUAUGAAAAUGUAAGGGGUUAUAUAUCAGUAAAUGAGAGGAAAUUACUCUCUGGUUAGUUGGAAUUUUGGAUUAUGGGGGGAGGGGCAAAUACUUGGACAAGAAGCGGAAAUAAUCAUGUGCAAUUGCCACUGUAUCCUCAGAGCCCAGCACAGUGUCUGGGCAGAGUAGCUGCCAAUCAGUAUUUGUACAAGAAACACUGGCUAAACUACUCAAUUUCAGACAAACUAGACAUUUCAGUGACACGGGCCUCAUCUACGACAGGGUUUGUGAGGAAAAUGGCCUGAUUUACAGGAAAGUAUAGGCCAGCAAUAGGCUACAGUUCAUCUGGCUCCGCAUGGAAGUGGGGAACACGAAGAGGAAAUAAGCUGAGCUGAGCUGGUGUGAGAACACACUUAGGUGUGUCUUUUACGUUAUUGUCUACCAGUUUCCUGCCCAACUUCGGUCUCCACCUCCUCAACCUGAGGCCGAGGAGUUUGCCAGGGGCAGUUUUCAGAGGGUGUCACUGGGGAGUCUCUUGCGGGCAGCACGUCUCUUCUCUCCUGGCCUCUCUCGCCUUCACCUGCCGUGCCGCCUGUCGCGCGUCCGCAAAGAUGCAGAGGUCGAAGCACGUUGCUGUGCGGUGCUUGAAAUCCUCCCAGAAUCAGCCUCCGGAGCCAGGCCCCCAACCAAAACCCGGACCCUGGGAUCUUCUCUAGGAUCUCUGUGGGUGCUCCUCCCUCGUCCGCUUCCCCGGCCCAAGCCCGCCACCAGAGAGGCGUCCCAGGGUCGUCGCGGUCCUCCGCGCGGUGGGGCUCCGGGCGUGGAGCUGGCAGAAGGCGGGAAUCGAGCGGGGGGCGCCCGAGCUCGCGCGCCACGACGCCCCGCGCGGGAUUUGCCGCCUUCAGCUGCAGCAGCUGCAGCGGCGGCGGGAAGAGGGGUGGAGGGCGGUGAGGAGGGCUGGAGCCCGGGCCAGGAGAGAGGGAGGGAGAGAGGGGGGCCGGGAGGCUGUGCCAGGCGAGCCGGAGGGGUGCUCGGCGCUUCCCCGCCCUCCUUCCGGGAGCGAGGAUGCAGACUCUGAAACUGGCGCUGCUGGGCUGAGGCGGAGGCAGGGGAGUUGCAGCGCGCGGCUCGGUGAGUGUGUCUCCUGAGCGCGGAGAGGCGGGGGGAGGCGGAGGACAAGGAGGAGGAGGAGGAGGAGGAGGGGGAGAAUGCCCGGAGCCGCCGCCGCUGCCGCCGCCGCCGCCGCGAUGCUCCCGGCUCAGGAGGCUGCCAAGCUGUACCACACCAACUAUGUGCGGAACUCGCGGGCCAUCGGCGUGCUGUGGGCCAUCUUCACCAUCUGCUUUGCCAUCGUCAACGUGGUGUGCUUCAUCCAGCCCUACUGGAUCGGCGACGGCGUGGACACCCCGCAAGCCGGCUAUUUCGGGCUCUUCCACUACUGCAUCGGCAACGGCUUCUCCCGGGAGCUGACCUGCAGGGGCAGCUUCACGGACUUCUCCACGCUGCCCUCGGGCGCCUUCAAAGCCGCGUCCUUCUUCAUCGGCCUCUCCAUGAUGCUCAUCAUCGCCUGCAUUAUUUGCUUUACCCUCUUCUUCUUCUGCAACACGGCUACGGUGUAUAAGAUAUGUGCCUGGAUGCAGCUCACCUCCGCUGCCUGCCUUGUGCUGGGCUGUAUGAUUUUCCCCGAUGGCUGGGAUUCAGAUGAAGUAAAACGGAUGUGUGGAGAAAAGACAGACAAGUACACUCUUGGGGCUUGUUCAGUUCGCUGGGCCUACAUCCUGGCUAUCAUUGGGAUUUUGGAUGCCCUCAUCCUCUCGUUUCUGGCAUUCGUGCUUGGUAACCGACAAGACAGCUUGAUGGCUGAGGAACUGAAGGCAGAAAACAAAGAUGAUGGAAAUGCUUAAAGCACACUCAGGUAGUGUGAGACCACGCCAUUUCUGCUAAGCCAAUAUUCUCUAGAAUGAGCACAAAACAAAUCAAACAACAGCUAAACAAAUCGAAUAACAGCUUUUGUACAUCCACAUCAAGAAGGAAGACACUUGGGAGAGGUCGGAGUACUGAAAUGGAUAUGGAUGAGAGUGAGACCUCCACCGUCAAAGCACCGUCUAGAUAGAUCGGCAGAGAUAGGAGUGAUUUUCCAGGAGAUGUGAUCAUGGAUUAAACACCAGCUCAUUGGAAACCACCAUUGAAUAAGGGCAGAUAACAUUCAUGAGAAAUCACAUUCAGGAAAUAAUUUUGAAGGAAGUGAAAUAUUAAUGGGCUAGAAUUAACCUAUAAAAUAUAUAUGUACUGAGGUUUGUAAACUGUCCUUUUUUAAUCAAACAGAAAACUAAAUGCUUGAAUCUUUCAACGCUAUUUAAAAAAAAAGGCAAUCAAUCCUAAAUUAUUCCUAUCUCAAUAGCCAAGAAGCCGAUCAACAUCGAUUAUCGAGGAAGCGUCUUAGCAAAUGCUUCUGAGUAUUUUCAUAGGAGCCAUGACCUUUGGUUCCCAUCUCUGCCAUUCAUUUAUUUCACUGUGUAAUUAGUUACAACCACUCAGUUAAGAGAUGUAACGCUUCAAACUUUUUACUGAGUCUGUGUUGCGUUUAAUCUGUCUGUAAUCAGUUAUUACUGAGAAGGUGUUUCUGACAUAUACUAUUACUCCAUCAAGCUGUAUAUUACAGGAAGUACAUCUUUACAUUGUAGGUUCCCAAGCAACAUAGAUUUCCCUAUCUUUCAGGAAACAGCAUCAAGGAACUCUGAAAAAUAUAGAAAGUUCAUUUUCACCUUGGAUGCUCACAUGUAAUAUAUAGGCUGCUAUCAAAUAAACACUUUUUCUAAUUCUCCCUAGUAUAUGGAUAGAAAUUUAAUAUACUUUAGGCAUCUAAAAUAUCUUCUUUUUUUCCUAUUUCUUUGCCAUACAUGUAAUCAGAAAUCCAUAUCCUUUCUUCCCCUUACUGACAGGCACUCAUUAUGAUUUUUUAAAAAAUCCGUUAAAUCUAUUUCUAAAUGAUAGUAAGUGGUACUAACAAAAUAAAUAAUAAUUUAAUAGCCUUAGAAAUAAACGAAUAUAUACUUAUACAGGUCAAAGAAACUUGGUAGGAGUAAGUUGCCUUUUUAUUUACUAAUGUUGCUUUCAAGAACACUCAAUUUUUUUUUUUAGUUGGUUGACCUUUGGAAGCAGUGACAAAUCAUCUGUUGUCUUUCACAGUUUUUUGCUCCCAGGCUUCCCCCACCAUCACCCUCCCCACAUAUCUUACAAAUAUGCAGCAACAGAAAAAUAUUUAAUAUUGAGGUAGCCAAUUGCUUGAGAAUGAACAUAAGCUAAGAUGUAUGUGCAAGGGUAAUUGGUGUAAGCCAAACCAUGUGCUGUAUCUGAGUAGAAAACGUGACUGUGUAGAAUGCUUUGAUUUUUAGAUUCAAAAUUGAGAUCCACUUGGCAUAUAUCACUGGAACAGCAGACAGAGGAUAAUACAAGAAGAGACACAGAUCAUGGUUCAUUCCUUCUACCUUGUCUCUCGUAGGAUCGUUCUCCUAAUUUGGCCAAAUGUUUCUGGUACUAGCCAUCUUUUUACCAUUGAUGAGAUUGUUUCAAAUGGCUAAAAGUAAAUUACAGGUAGAGUCAAGUAAGUGGAACCCAAUACACAAAGAUACAUAUUUUCUAAAGAACCAAGUUAGGAGAAUACUUAUUCUCUCUAAAGUAUUAAUCACUCUGGGAGUCAUUUGUUGCUUUAAAUAUUCGCUUUCCCACUGCAUUCAAAACACCCUACUUACCAAAUUUAAUUACACACAACUUUUCAAGAAUUCAUCUUUUAUUUAAGGAGAGGUACCCCUCUACCUACAGUGAAAUAGAAGGUAUUGGCUUUCUCUAACCCAUGUUAAUUACAGAUUCCACUGGGAGUCCUGCGUCACUAAUUGUGGUGUUUGUGAAAAUAAGAAAGUACUUCCUAUCCACAUGCAAAUGUUUUUAAGAAGUUUUUUCCAUAAAACCUAAGUGUAAUUUAGUGCUCUGAAGUUGGAUCAUUGACAAUGUACCAUUUGUACAUAGGUAAUACACGUGUAAAUCACUAAAUGUUAAGUAUAAGAAGUACGUUUUUAUCUUUUUAAAAAAAAAAAAAAGUGACUCCCUUUCUCAUUCUGUUCUGUUGUAUUGCGUCCAAAAGUUGUGUGUAAUUUUUUUAAGGUCCAGGCAAUGUAAAGAAAUUUGUUGGAAUAUCUGAAUUUCUGUAAAAAAAAUAAAAAUAAAAAUAAGAUUUUGUUAUUUAAAA